AUGGAUGGUUACGUGGCUUUCUCCGUCCCAACCAUUGAUGAUGAAGUACCCAAUCUACACCUGGGCAAAGAUGUCAUCGCACCACUGUGGACUGAUCUGGACUCUGACAGUGGAGGAAGAUGGACCUACGAGCAGGCCACAUAUGGGCCUCUUAUAAAUCAAGCCAACCAAGAAAUUAACAGGAUGUUUCCAUAUCUUUACUUCUCUGCUUCUUGGGUUUUUGUCUCCACCUGGCAAAAUGUACCACUUGAAUUUUCUGGUUCCCAGGCAUCACUUCAACUCGUCCUGUGCUCAGAUGGUGGAAGCCAGUCUUUCGUCCUCAUGAACUAUGGGACAAUUCCUUCUAUUCCCUCUACUUACUGGCUGGCUGGCUACGACUUUCUGAACAGAGAUUUCGUCACUAUUCCAGUGAACGAUACCUCUGAGCUGUCUUCAUCUAGUAACGUCAAUAUCCCUGGACGCUGGGCUUUUCAGUUUACAGGAGGAAUACCAACAACAACAACAACCACACCACCAACAACCACAACAACAGUUUCACCAUUUUUUAAUAUUGGACCUGGAGCAAUACCUGGUCCCUAUAGUGAUGGAUAUUAUGCAACAAUUCAGUUGCCACAACCAUUCAAGUAUGGUGAAAACACAUACAAUCAAUUUUAUCUGAGUAUGGAUGGUUACGUGGCUUUCUCCACCCCAUACAUUGAUGAUGAAUAUCCCAAUCCACACCUGGGCAAAGAUCUCAUCGCACCACUGUGGACUGAUCUGGAUUCUGACAGUGGAGGAAGAUGGACCUACGAGCAGGCCACAUAUGGACCUCUUAUAAAUCAAGCUAACCAAGAAAUUAACAAGAUGUUCCCAUCUCUUUACUUUUCUGCUUCUUGGGUUUUUGUCUCCACCUGGCAAAAUGUACCACUUGAAUUGUCUGGUUUCCAGGCUGCAUCACUUCAACUCGUCUUGGCCUCAGAUGGUGGAAGUCAGUCUUUCGUCCUCAUGAACUAUGGGAGAAUUCCUUCUAUUUCCUCCCGUUACUGGCUGGCUGGCUACAACAUGGUGAACAGCAGUUUCGUCACUAUUCCAGUGAACGAUACCUCAAAGCUGGCUUCAUCUAGUAACGUCAAUAUCCCUGGACGCUGGGCUUUUCAGUUAACAGGACACUGUUCCAAACUGAACUGCACUCAGAAUGAAGUCUGUAGGUUGAUAAAUGGAGCUUAUGGCUGUGCCUGUGCUUACACUUCAAUACCCAGCUCCAACUUCGAUGCCAUCGAAACAUGUUCAGGCGGUGCUGGAUCACUGUCGCUGUCUCGCUGUCAGCUCUUUGAACAGGGAUAUUCUGCAGAUGUUCUUCACCUUAACAACCGAGCAUGCGGAGGGGAACUCCAACAUGACAGGCUGGUGUUCAGCUUUGACAGUAAUGCCCACUUGUGUGGCACAACUCUGGAGAAUAACAGGACACACAUCAUCUUUGAAAACAAUGUUGGGACGCUUAAUGGGACAGGUGUGAUCAGUCGCACUGGUGGGCUCAACAUUGCCUUUUCCUGUGUGUACCCCAUUAUCCAGAGCAUCUCCAUGCCCAUGGCAGUAGAAGCCAUAGGAAGUAUAGUCAGCAGGAGUUUGUCCACUGAAGGCUCAUACCAGAUCAGCAUGAUCCCGUACACUGAUGAUACAUUCUUGGAUCCAUUCCUUGGCAAUGUGACCCUAGAAGUGAACCAUCAGCUGUAUAUCGCUGUGAACGUGAAUACGUUUGAUAGCAGUCAGAUUGCUCUUGUGCUGGACAACUGCUGGGCCACACCUGUCAACCAGAGUGACUAUAACAUACGCUGGGACCUGAUCAUUAACGAGUGUCCAAACUCCAAUGAUGACACAGUGGCGGUGUUGCAGAACGGUGUUUCCACAUCCAGCCGCUUCUCGUUCAGGAUGUUCACUUUCACCGGCGUGCCCAGCACCAAGAUCUAUCUCCACUGCCAGGUCCACCUCUGUCUGGCACAGCAAGGCAACUGCGCUCAGCCAUGUAUUGGAAAACGUUCCAGAAGACGCCGAUCUGUGGAUUUCUAUGACUCAGCUGGAAUUUCAAUGGGAAUAUGAUAAAUUUUUUUUAUUCUAACAUUUUCUAAAAUCAUGAUCCUAUCAUAAAAUCACCAUUCUAUGAAUUUAUUUUUAGGGUUUCCUUAGAAAUCAUUAAGUAUUGCUUUAAUGAUUUAUCUUUACAACUUCCUGCCAAAUUAUUAAAAUAAUAAAUAAUCUGUACUGUUAAUUACUGUUAGUAAUAAAUCGUUAAAGCUUC